CAGAAUCUAGGGUCCAUUUGCAGCGAAACAACGGUCCGCGAUCAGGUUUACCCUUUUAUAUCAAGGACGCAACCCAGCCACACCUCGUGGUUUUUUGGCUCUCUUUCAUCUCUUCUUUGGGUUUCUUAAUCAUUUCUUUCCUCGCCGUUCAGACGUUUGCUCAUCUGGACGCAUCCCAGUCUUUUUAUACCCAUCCUUUGUUGCCCAAGGCGUGGCCCCAAAAAGUCGUCCUAUCAAUAAAACAAAAGAAAGACAGGCAAACACACCACAAAAAAGUCAAGACAAACCCCAGAGAGGGCGGCAUCAUCAUGACGCUCCUCGCACUCAAGGAGGACCGGCCGACGCCCAAGGCCGUCUACAACUGGCGCGUGUACCUCUGCGCGUCCAUCGCGUCCUUUGCGUCGUGCACCAUCGGCUACGACUCUGCCUUUAUCGGCACGACGUUGGCGCUGCCGUCCUUUACCGAUGAGUUCCAGUUCGCCUCGUACUCGGCGUCGGACCUGGCGCUGCUCAAGGCCAACAUCGUGUCGCUGUACCAGGCCGGCGCGUUCUUUGGCAGCUUGUUCGCCUACGUCUCGAGUUAUUUUCUCGGCAGGAAGAAGAGCUUGAUGAUGUUUUCUCUCAUCUUCAUGGUCGGUGCCAGUCUCAUGCUUGGCGCGACCAGGGAGAGGGGUCUGGGGCUGAUUUUGGGGGGAAGAGUCUUGGCUGGUCUUGGUAUCGGCGGCAUGAGUAACAUGACACCUAUCUACAUCUCAGAGCUCUCACCUCCGGCCGUCCGCGGUCGUCUCGUCGGAAUAUACGAGCUCGGCUGGCAGAUCGGCGGCCUGGUCGGGUUCUGGAUCAACUACGGCGUCAACAGCACCCUCCCGCCGUCGCACUCGCAGUGGCUGAUCCCCUUUGCGGUGCAGCUCAUCCCCGGCGGCAUGCUCCUCCUCGGCGCCAUCUACAUCCCCGAGUCGCCGCGGUGGCUGUUUGAAAAGGGCCAGCGCGAAAAGGCCAUCAAGGUCCUGUCCUGGAUGCGCAACCUGGAGCCGGACCACCAGUACAUCGUCGAGGAGAUCUCGUACAUUGACGAGGGCCUCGAGCAGCAGCGCCGCGAGAUCGGCGCCGGUUUCUGGAAGCCCUUUGCCGCCCUCAAGGCCAGGCGCGUGCAGUGGCGCUUCAUCCUCGGCGGCCUGCUCUUCAUGUGGCAGAACGGGUCCGGCAUCAACGCCAUCAACUACUACAGCCCGACCGUGUUCCAGAGCCUGGGCAUCACCGGUACCAACACUGGCUUCCUGACCACGGGUCUCUUUGGUGUGGUCAAGACGGUCCUGACUGUCAUCUGGCUCAUGUGGAUGAUUGACCACUGGGGUCGUCGCCCGCUUUUGAUCAUGGGUGGUAUCGGUGGUGGUGCUUGCAUGUGGUUCAUUGGUGCCUACAUCAAGAUCGCCCAGCCGGAAAAGAACCCCAACUCGGGUGGUCUGCCGCCAGGUGGUAUCGCCGCCAUCUUUUUCUUUUACCUGUGGACUGCCUUUUACACUCCUUCGUGGAACGGCACUCCCUGGGUCAUCAACUCGGAGAUGUUUGACCAGAACACUCGCUCCCUCGGCCAGGCCAACGCCGCCGCCAACAACUGGUUCUGGAACUUUAUCAUCUCGCGCUUCACCCCCACCAUGUUUGAGGAGUGGGGCUACGGCGUCUACUUCUUCUUCGCGUCGCUCAUGUUCGUCUCGGUCGUCUUCAUCUUCUUCCUGGUGCCCGAGACCAAGUCGAUCCCGCUCGAGAAGAUGGACCGCCUGUUCGAGAUCCGGCCCGUCCACCGCGCAAACGCCACCGUCAUGUCGGAGCUGGGCCACCACUCGGACGGAAGCGCGCCCGUGCUCGGAGGCGAGCCCGAGAAGGGCGAGGCGGGCAUCGUGGAGGACGGCCAGGUCACGCCGCCGCCUACGUACGCCCGCAAGGAUGGUGUUGCGUAAGGUGGGGAGUGCAAGAGUGUUUGCUUUGAGUGGCGAAUGCGAGGGUGGCAUGUGUAUUUUUUUUUCUUCUUCUUUUGGUUUCGUCACUGUAAUCAUCGCAAGUUGUUGCGUUGCUAUAGCGUGAAAAGAAUAUUCCCUACGGUGGAGUAGCUGGGCUGGAAGCGCUAGUCAUUUUAUACCCUGAAAUACUGAAAUAACAAUAAUGGUGCCAGG